AUGAUAAAUAAAAAAAGUUAUAAUUACUAUUUUGUUACCAAACGGAUAACUUCAACAACAAAAUAUUAGCGACGUUUUAAUACAUUCAACAAAGUUUGAUGGCCAUUUAACCUCAAUUCUUUCCUCUUUUCACUUAUGAGUGCUCCCCUCCCCACCGGCCACCGAGGAAUCUUCAUAUCAGCGCAGGACUUUUGGAAGAGGAAAAAGGCGCCGCCGUGGUUUCAUUAUAGCCGUUAAAAGUUAGUUCACCUUAUCUGAUUUAUCACCGUGGCCGCCGUGGGCAAUGAAUCCCCAACAAGCCAAAACCCUCACUACGCUGUAACUCUUCCACCCCCCAAAACAACCAUCCAUGGAGAUUCUUCUCAAAUCCCCAUUUCCCAUCUUCUCCAGACGCCCAAUUUCUACCUUCCUCAUUAGACCCACUAAACCCUCAGCCGUCGCAAUCAAGCCGCCGCCUCCUGACUUCGACUUCCGAUCGUCGGACAUAUACCUGAAGUCUCGAGCCACGAUCUCAACAAUCCAUCCCGAGUUAACCGACUUGGCCGAAUCCGGCACCUUAUUCCUGGUCGAGAAGGGACAGUUCGGGCCGGUGCCUGCCUGGAGAACCGAGUUCGUCGAGCCGGAGGCAAUCUGGCUGGUGGGCACUUCUCACGUCUCAAGCGAAUCGGCGGUAGAGGUGGAGCGAGUUGUCCGGGCCGUGAAGCCCGAUAAUGUCGUCGUCGAACUCUGCAGAAGCAGGCAAGUGCGCGCCGAUAAGAUGCCUUUUGGUUGUUUUUUUGUCAAACCCACUUCUGAAGUUUUCGUUUACAGAGCUGGGAUCAUGUACACUUCUUCUAAUGAAGGCGGCGAAGCUGGGCAGGAGUUGAAGUCGAGUAUGUUCUCGCUGAGUGGCAGAGAGGGAUUCUUUGGAGCUAUUGGUCGUAGCCUGAAUUUAGGAGGCCAAACUGCUCUGGCUUUGCGACUUCUUCUAGCGAUCUUCUCCUCAAAAGUUUCCUCCGAUGUGAACCGUCCUUUUGGGGAUGAAUUCAGAGCAGCUCGAAAGUUGUCAGAGGAAGUUGGAGCUCAACUAGUACUAGGGGAUCGCCCAAUUGAGAUAACUCUUGAAAGGGCUUGGAAUUCUCUGAAAUGGAGUGAGAGGCUAAGCUUAGUGACAGCAGUGGUUAAAGGAAUCACAGCAACUCCCACCCAGCCGGGGACGACGAAAGCAACCGCCGACGGCGAUGACACGGACGCAUCUUUCCGGCUCUACGAGCAGCUAGGCUUUUCAUACCCAUCGCUCCUCCCACCUCUGAUCCACGAACGUGACACCUACCUGGCUUGGUCUCUGAAACGGAGCAAAGCAGUGAACGGCGGCAAGAACGUGGUGGGGGUAAUCGGAAAGGGCCACAUGAACGGCGUCGUAUAUGCGCUUGUUUCCGAUCUGGGAGACCUACGGUUUCGGGACCUCGUCGGGCAGAGAUCUUCUGACGGCGGCGGAGGGUCCUCUUUCGUUGCUUCGGCCGGCAUUAAAAUACUCAAGAGCUUGCUUAGGGACACUCUAAUUGGCGUCGUGCUUUGGCUCAUCUAUGAGCUCGUGAAAGAUAGCAUUGUUGUGAGCCCAUGAACCCUUGGGCGGAUCGUUCGGUCCAAUUCUUAAGCCCAUAUUGGUUAGGGAGUUGGGCCCUGAAGAUCCACACAAUCCAUGUCUAUAGCAUCCCGUGGGCUUGUUUUUGUUUAUUUUAGUUUGAGGGUUCAAUUAUACUCAAUUACAAACGUUUUACUACUACAGUACUACUAUAAGAUAAAUUUUUAACUCACUCUUGUGAAGUUUUUUUUAUAGAAUCAUAA